CACCACCCGAAGUGAGAAACCAAACCACAAAAGAAGAAAAGAAAAAAAAUGGCAGAAGCGGCAAAGCAACACAUUGAUCGGAUUCGGAGGACUAAGUUUUCUAUCGGCGGUGACGAGAAUCCGUUGACGGAAGAUCUUCAUCAGGCCGUGAAGAACCUCUCAGCUGAACUCUACGCCAAGGAUGUUCACUUCCUCAUGGAGCUUAUCCAAAACGCAGAGGAUAAUGAGUAUCCUGAAGGUGUGGAUCCUUGUCUUGAAUUUGUCAUCACAUCAGAUGACAUCACAGCCACUGGAGCUCCAGCAACUCUCCUUAUCUUCAACAAUGAGAAAGGUUUCUCUGAGAAGAAUAUUGAGUCAAUAUGUAGUGUUGGAAGGUCAACUAAAAAGGGAAACCGAAAACGUGGAUACAUUGGCGAGAAAGGAAUCGGGUUCAAGAGUGUGUUCCUGAUUACUUCUCGCCCAUACAUAUUCAGCAAAGGCUACCAGAUUAGGUUCAACGAGGAUCCUUGCAGCUACUGUAGCCUUGGCUACAUUGUUCCUGAGUGGGUCGACCAGCAUCCUUCUCCUGCCGACAUACAAAGGAUCUACGGCUCCUCAGGCUCCGCUCUCCCGACCACAACAAUCAUCUUGCCCUUGAAAAGCGACAAAGUGAAGCCGGUGAAGGAACAGCUCUCUAGCGUUCACCCCGAAGUCCUCUUGUUUCUCUCCAAGAUCAAGCGUCUCUCCAUCAGAGAACACUGCCAGAACCCAAACCUCAGCACGGUGAACUCCAUCGGUAUCGUAAGCGAGACCGACUUCAAGACGAGGAAGAGCAUCGACGCUGAGUCUUACACCAUCCAUCUCUCCGCUAGCGAAACCAACUCCGAGAAGCAGUGCAGUUACUACAUGUGGAGACAGAAGUUCCCUGUGAAACACGAGAACCGUGUCGAAAGAAGAACCGAAGUCGAAGACUGGGUCAUCACUCUAGCGUUUCCCUUCGGAGAGCGUCUUGGCCGUGGCGACAGCUCUCCUGGCAUCUACGCUUUUCUCCCGACAGAGAUGGUCACCAGCUUACCUUUCAUCAUACAAGCUGACUUCAUCCUAGCAUCCUCCAGAGAGACCAUACUGCUCGACGACAUAUGGAACCAAGGGAUUCUCAACUGUGUCCCCUUAGCUUUUGUCAACGCGUUCACUUCCUUGGUGAAGAAGACUGAUGCACCUGUCUCUAGCUUGCUUCCCGCUUUUAACUUCUUGCCUGUGAAGCAAUCUAGCUACGCGAAGCUGAACGUUGUACGAGAAUCCAUCAAGGCUAAAGUCUCUGCUGAGGAGAUUGUACCGAGCGUGUCCCAUUUAGGACAGAAGUUUUUCCACAGACCGUGUGAAGUUGGUCGUCUUGUUCCUGCCUUUUGGGAUAUCUUGGAGAAAGCGAGAAGAGAGAAGGCGAGUCUGAACAACAUAUCCUCGCACGGAAUCUACGUUUUGGAUUCUUCUUUUGACAGAGCGGAGAACGACGACGUUCUUGAUUUCUUGGGUUUGAAGCAAGUCAGCAACGAGUGGUACGCUAAAUGCAUCCAGGGGUGCGAUCUUGUGAGGAGUGUGUCGGAAGACACCUACGUUGAGGUUCUUCUUUUCGUAGCUGAGAACUGGGGGUCAAUGUUUCAGGGGACGAACAUGGUGAAAGUUCCACUUAUCAAGUACCUUGUCAGAAAGGGAGUGACAUCUCUUAGCAGUGUGUCUGACUUCAGCCCUAGAACACUAUGUUUCCCAACGCUCAAGAACCAGGAGUGGUUUCUUGACUGGAGCGAUGAGUUCAGAUGCAUGUCCAAGUUCGUUUUCAUGCCGCAGACAACCCUGGUAGUGCUGAGAGCUUCUUCCAAGAAGGAAACAGUACUCAACUGGCUUAAAGAGAAGAUCAAAGUCUCCGCUCUUAGUUUCUCCGACUACACAAAGCGUCUCUUAGAGAAUCUUGGUGGAGACAAGAGGCUUGUGCUUGCAUACGCACACUUUCUGCAUCACUCAAUCUCCAAGGGGUUUUUAUCAGCAGACGAGGGUGUCAAGUGCUGCAAAGACAUGCCGCUUGUGGACAACUAUGGGAACGUCAACACGAGCAGAACCGGUGUUCUUGUUCCCGCUAGCCAAGGCAAAUGGAUCAGCUUAACCGGUUCAAAUCCGUGGAGACAAGACGGGUACAUCGAGCUAUGGGAAGAGUAUCUGUCGUCUGGUAGGUUCGCUGGUGUUCUGUCUAGUCACAAAGCGCUUCUCCCCUUCUUGAUAUUUUACGCCAAGGCUGGAGAUGUACCUGACAUAACACCACCGAACGCAGCUAUACCUGCCUUGUCUGGUGCUCUAAGGAAGGAGAAUGCGUUGCUGCUCUUGAAGUGGAUUCAGUCUAAUAGAUACUCUCUUCCUUCCAAGUUUAUGGACUCUGUAAGAGGAGGGAGUUGGUUGAGAACAACGAUGAAUGGGUCCUCUGACUACCGACCACCUUCUCAGUCCUUUUACCAUACUUCAUCAUGGGGAAGUGUUCUGCAAGGCGGAUCGAUUCUUGUUGAUAUUCCACUUGUUGAUAGAAGCUUCUACGGGAAUGAGAUUGAGAGCUACAAAGAAGAGCUGAAGCUUGCUGGCGUCAUGUCUGAGUUCAGCCAGGCUUGUGAGUUCGUUGGUGACCACUUGAUGCGUUUGGCUGAAACAUCAACCAUGUCGAGAGAGAACGUGUUCUCGAUUCUUAAAUUCAUCAGGUACUUGGGAGAGAAGCUCCUCUCACCGGCUGAUUUCAUCAGAUCUGUCAAGAAUGGGUCCUGGCUUAUUACAAAAACCGGUUACAGAUCUCCAGACGGUGCUGUCCUGUUCAGCCAAGAGUGGAAAGCUGCGUCGCUGAUCAGUGAUAUACCGUUCAUCCACAAGGACUGCUACGGUGAAGCUAACCUCAAAGGCUUUGAGAAAGAGCUUGAGCUGCUAGGCGUUGUGGUUCAGUUUCCUAAUAAUCACAGCCUCAUCGUUUCUCACUUGAAUGCUUCAAAGCUGAGUUAUCUCACAGCAGAAGCAAUGCUCUUAGUACUUGACUGCAUGCGUCAACUGAGUCCUCGGAAGCUGAUCAAUUCCCUGAGAAGUUCUCAAUGUUUCAAGACCAAGAACAACGGAUACAAAACUCCUGCUGAGUGUUUCAUACCUGAUCCGGAGUGGAGCUGUCUCGUCUCAGUCUUUGACUGCUUCCCUUUGAUCGACGAGAGUUUCUACGGAAGCAAAAUCUUUUUCUACAAGGAGGAGCUGAGGCAGAUCGGUGUGGUUGUUCAGCUUGAAGAAGCUGUGAAAGGGUUUGUGAGAACGUUCAAGCAGAAAGCUACUUCCUCCUCUUGUCUAAACCGAGACACCUCCAUGUCUCUUCUCUCAUGCUACAAGAAACUGAUGGAGAGUAGUCACAAGUUUCCUGAAGAGCUUAUGAAAAGCUUCAGAGAGUUGCAAUGGCUGCACACCACACUCGGCGACUUCCGUGCGCCGAAAGACUGCAUUCUCUUUGAACAAGACUGGGAGCAUCUGAGACUCAUAGCAAACCUCCCCUUCAUCGACGACAGCUCAAACUGGUACGGCAAGGGGAUAUACGGUUACAAGAAAGAUCUAAAGAGCUUGGGUGUUACGGUUGAGAUGAGACAAGGCAUGAGCCAUGUGGUCAACUCUUUAAGCCUCCCUGAUCCAUCUCGCAUCACUCCUCUAAGUGCCAUCUCUCUUCUUAAGUGCGUCACCUUCUUGCUUGAGGAUAGAUUUGGUAAACUCCCUAAAGAGUUUCUUGAUAAGGUUUCUUCUGUUAAGUGGUUGAAGACGCAUGCUGGUUACCGCUGUCCUGAAGAGUGUCUCUUGUUUGAUAACACUUGGGAGUUGGAGCAUCGUGAUGGUCCUUUCAUCGAUGAAGUUUAUUACGGCUCAGAGAUUAAAGCUUUCAAGAAAGAGCUUGUUGCUAUUGGAGUUGGUAGCGAUUCAGCCAAAGCUUGCAGGUUGCUUGCGACACACGUUUAUAAUCACUCUGACUCUGACGCAAUCUCCAGGGUGUAUAGGUUUCUCUGUAAAUCUGAAUGGAGACCUGAGAGAGGUGCUGCGUCUUCAGGCCGUAUCUGGAUCCCGAGCGAUGGUAUUUGGGCAGAUGUGUCUACCUGCGUUGUCUAUGACAAAGACAAACUCUUUGGAACAAAGCUAAACGUUCUUGAAAACCAUUACGGCAGUAGCGAUGAGAAUCGUCGGCUUCUUGGUUUCUUCUCAUCUGCGUUUGAGGUGAGAGCCAGUCCUUCCGUGGAAGAUUACUGCGCUUUGUGGAAAGAUUGGGAGAGAAACAAGGAGAGACUGUCUUACGACGAGUGCUGUGCGUUCUGGAGGUUCGUGGCUAGACACAGUUACACAACCAAAGCUGAUAAGUUUCUGUCGGAAUCCAUCUCUCGUUUGCCUGUCAACACGCCAGAUUACAGCAACGGUGGAGGGAUCUUGCUGUGUGAUAAGAGAGAUGUGUUCAUCGCUGAUGAUUUGCUCUUGAAGGAUCUUUUCACAGAGUCCCCUGUCUUCGUGUGGUACCCAUCUCCAAGCAUCCCUACCUUGUCACAAACGAAACUCACAGAGAUUUACAGAAAGCUCGGUGUUAAAGAGAUCUCCAAAUGCGUUGAGAUGUCUGAAGCUAAGCUUACCGUUGACGGAGUGAAGACCGAGCAGGGAGAGAAUCAUCUGAUAGGAAGAGGGCUAGUGAGACUCGUUCUAGGGUUCCUCUCUGAUCCAUCUCUCAAGAUAGAAGCUGAGGAACGUUCUGAGAUCAUACGAAGCCUUGUGAGCCUCAACGUUCUUGAAACUCCGGAGACGAUCUCUACAGAGUAUACACUGAACCUACCGUCAAAGGGAGAGAAGCUGGUUGCGAGAGCUAAGAGGAUGAUAAGGUGGGAGAGAGAGAAAGGAGUUGUGUACGCAGAGAAGAUGGAGGAAGCGUGUGGGAAAAGAAAGGUGUUGGAGUACGCCACGUGUUUCGCUGAGGUGAUUGCUAAAGGAGCGAUGUGGCAGAGGGAAGAUCUGAUUGGAGAGUUGUCUGAGCUUGUGAAGAUGGCUUACUUGGUUGAGUUUGAUGAAGAGGCUUUGGAGUUUCUUAUGAAGUCCAAGAACCUUCAAGUCUAUGAAGAAGACGAGAAGCUCAUCUUAGAUGCCUACUCUCUCAAGAAAACUUAAGGUGCCUUCUAUCACAAGUAAACACAAGGACCUCUAUGUUCUAUCUAUUUCGUUUGUAUUCUGUCUAUUUUGGUAUUCUGCAUCGUUUGUGAACCUCUUAUGACUCUUUCUACUAUGUUCUAAAUGUUGGAUUAAGCUUGAAGAUUGACUAAGAUUCAAGUCUAUCCUAAUCCUACCGAGUAAUGGAAAUAGAUAUUAUGUUAUGAUUA